AUUGCGUUGUGUCUCGCUGGGGGAUCCGUCUCACCAGGUAGAUCUGAAUUGAUGCCAGGAUCGACUCCCUCUUCACCAAACCCAAACCUGAAGGAUUGUUUGACAAGCGCCGGGUACUAUAACGUUACUGACACGCCCACUAACCCGAACUUCACAGACACACCCACAAAGUACAACAAUCCCUUUGCUAAGGCUAUGCAAAGAUGGUGCAGUGUAUAUGAAGUCGUGUUACCAUGUGCUGAGGAUUCCACCAAGAGGAAUCAUUUAAGGAGCCCUGCGGAUUGGUUCUUCUCAAUGAUUUUUAAUUCAUCUAUAGCCAAUCAAACUUCGAUCAUUAUGUGUCAGAAGCUCGACGAGUUUGGAGGGAAACUGACCUGUAUGAAGAAAGCCCAAGAACUUCGGGCGUUAAGGUGUGUGAACGCCCUAACAAAGCCGAUAAAGAAGGUCCUCAUGAGUGUUUACCAUGGCAAUAUCUCAUCUAUGGAAUCUCUAGCGCAAAAGGCUUCCUGUUUGAUAUCAGCAGCAACAGCGACAUGUUUUAGAGAAAAGGUUAACUCCUGCAGAAGUUACCUCAGGGACUACAUUGGCGCAUAUAACUUAAUAUUUGGGGGUAAAUGCAUCGCAAUGCUUCAAACACAGGACAACCAAACCAAAAAUAAUGGGUCAAAGGUCAAGCAAUCGCCGGACCAACAGUGGAUGUCUACCAUUCAGUCACUUCUCAACGAGAAUAAUGGAAUCAGUACAUAUUCCAACACAACCAGGGUCAAGAGUCGUGGGAAACAGCAUUACACCUCUCCAAAGAUUAAAGGUGUUUUGGUUCCGGAAACAUUACCGCAGAAACCUAAAGAUACAACCAAUGUAUCCGAUUCACGCGAAGGUUAUCCCAUCAUACCUCUGAUCAGCCGGGAAUCUACCCGGAGUCCCUCGGAUUUAUUUGGUACAAAUGAAUUCAGUCGAACUUUCUCGGUUAUUACAGAACAGAGUGAUACAACUCCUGAUUCUUCUGAUUUGACGGGAAAGGGUCAAGGAAAUAGGGAUAUAAAUUCAUAUUCAAGGGGAGAUAAAACACCAGAUAAGAUGCUGACGUCAGACGAUAGAUCGUGCGGAUACCAGGUCAGGACCUCUGAAUUAUUUUCACUCUUUGUUGUUUUGACUGUUCCGCUGCUUUCUCUAACGUACUAGGUAAUCUGUAAUUAUCUUAUUUCUAUUAUUUUUUUAAUGUAUUACUUUUAUACUUGUUGGUUUCUUCCCUUUAUACUAUUCAUGUAAUUACUAUAUGUUUGAACUCUUAAAUGUUCAUCUUAAGAGUAGUGUUUGUAUAAUAUAACCGUUAUAUUUUAGAGAAAGUAUUAUAUUUAAAACAUACCGGUAUCAGGCAAUGCUAUGGUAUCUUGUAUGGAUUUAAGUUUAGAUUGCCAAUGCGAAAACAACAUUUCAUAAUUAUACAAUCCUGAGGCUUAAAGUUAAUUCAACGUGUGACUUUUGUUUACACUAAUUUACAUCUACAUUAAUUGUUAUACAUUUGUUAAUGUAUUGUUGAUACUUUAUAUGUAAAUAAAUUCAAAA